GGGGCAGGCAUGGAAUUGAGCAAAACUGGAAUUGGGGGAUCUGAGAAUUGAGACGUCAGUAGUCAUCGUUUCCAUCGUCGUAGAAGCCAGAGACAAAGAGGAAGCAGCAAUUAUUAUCAAUGGCGCUAGUAUGGUAAUAUUUCAUCCACAAGGCCGCUCAUGGCCGCCCCAAGCACAUCGGCAACGACGUCUGGGACGUGGCUAUGGAGAGACGCGACAAGAAAAUCAUGGAGAUGCUCUCUUCGCCUUCCCCUUCCAACUAGCUUCGGUAUCCGAGUUUGAAGGGCUUGCUUAGAAAUAAAUGAUGUGCAAGGCCUGUCAGUUUACUUCUGUAUGAAGUCUUAUGAACUUGUCAUUUCCUUCUCUUUGUGGCUUUUGUACAAGAACUAUGAUUUUGGGGGUUAUACUUGAUGCAGAUAGUCUGGACCUGGUGAAUGAUAAAUGCAUGAAAGGCAUCUAUUCUGAAUCUUUAUGACAUUGUAUUUAAAAAUCUGUUUUUGUCAACAUAACAGUUUUCUGGGGCUUU